GGCUCCGGCUCUCCGGCACCAACCGGAAGCGCGGGGGACGGAGCGGGAGACGCGGUCGCGCCGGUUCCAGCCUCCCUCGGCGGCUCCGGGAUCGGCGCCGCUCGGGUCCCGCCAGCCCGGAGUCCCUCGGGGAAGGUUUUGCUGUGGUAUAUUUUGUCAUUAUGAGAUGUCGUCUACCAGUGCUUCAUUUGUGCAAAUUAGAUUUGAUGACUUGCAGUUUUUUGAGAACUGCGGUGGAGGGAGUUUCGGGAGUGUCUACCGAGCCCGAUGGAUUUCUCAGGACAAGGAGGUGGCUGUAAAGAAGCUGCUCAAAAUAGAAAAAGAGGCAGAAAUACUCAGUGUGCUCAGUCACAAAAACAUCAUUCAGUUCUAUGGAGCUGUCAUUGAACCUCCAAAUUAUGGCAUAGUUACAGAGUAUGCUUCUGCUGGCUCACUGUUUGAUUACAUUAAUAGUAACAAAAGUGAAGAGAUGGAUAUGGAUCAUAUCAUGACCUGGGCAACUGACAUAGCUAAAGGAAUGCACUAUUUACACAUGGAAGCUCCGGUCAAAGUAAUCCACAGGGAUCUGAAGUCCAGGAAUGUUGUUAUAGCUGCUGAUGGCGUGUUAAAGAUCUGUGAUUUUGGUGCCUCAAGGUUCCACUCCCAUACAACACACAUGUCAUUAGUGGGCACUUUUCCAUGGAUGGCCCCAGAAGUUAUCCAAAGUCUCCCAGUGUCUGAAACAUGUGACACAUACUCGUAUGGAGUGGUUCUCUGGGAGAUGCUAACAAGGGAGGUCCCCUUUAAAGGCUUGGAAGGAUUACAAGUAGCUUGGCUUGUAGUGGAAAAAAACGAGAGAUUAACCAUUCCAAGCAGUUGUCCCAGAAGUUUUGCAGAACUGAUGCACCAGUGUUGGGAUGCUGAUUCAAAGAAAAGGCCAUCUUUCAAGCAGAUCAUUUCAAUCCUGGAAUCUAUGUCAAAUGACAGCAGCCUUCCAGACCAGUGUAACUCAUUCCUGCAUAACAAGGCGGAGUGGAGAUGUGAAAUUGAGGCAACCUUAGAGAGACUAAAGAAACUGGAGCGUGAUCUGAGCUUUAAAGAGCAGGAACUAAAGGAACGGGAGCGGCGUUUGAGGAUGUGGGAGCAGAAGUUAACUGAACAGUCCAAUACUCCUUUGCUGCCCUCCUUUGAUAUUUGUGCAUGGACCGAAGAAGAUGUGUUUUUCUGGAUGCAACAACUUACUAGAAAAGGCGAUGCUUCUGGUGAAAUGAGUGUAUAUGCUAGCUUGUUUAAGGAACAUCAUAUCACUGGGAAACGAUUGCUUCUUCUAGAAGAAGAAGAUUUAAAGGACAUGGGAAUUGUUUCCAGAGGACACAUCAUCCAUUUAAAGACUGCUAUUGAGAAGUUAACCCAUGACUACCUAAAUCUGUUUCAUUUUCCACCAUUAAUUAAGGAUUCUGCAGGUGGAGCCGAGGAAAACAUAGAGAAAGUAGUGAAUCUUGAACUCGUUUUUGGUUAUCACUUGAAGCCGGGAAAUGGUCCAAAGGAUUGUAAAUGGAAAAUGUACAUGGAGAUGGACGGGGAUGAAAUUGCAAUAACCUACAUAAAAGAUGUGACAUUCAACACUAACCUACCUGAUGUAGAGAUUUUAAAGAUGACAAAGCCACCGUUUGUAAUGGAGAAAUGGAUUGUGGGGAUAGAAGAACACCAGUCUGUAGAAUGUGUUGUUACGUAUGAGAGUGACGUUAGAGCUCCCAAAACCACCAGGCACAUCCAAGCUAUCUGCUGGAGCAAGGUGAAAGCGCAGGACGAGGUCGAGACAGUAAAGCUCAUGAUACAGACCUCGCUCCCCAACUCGGAGGGGAAUUCACGAAGCAGAUCUGACUCAAGCAUCGACAGCCAGUGGAUGCAGACGCUGCGGAUGCACCAAAUAGCGAAAGCCAUUUCUCUCCAGCACGGCCACCCCCACAGCCCGACCACCGUCACCCACUACCUGCCUUACCUUCACAGCCAGGACUCCUACGCUGCUGCUGUGAGGAGGACGCGCGGUCCCGUCAGUUACCAGUUCACGUCCAUCAGCCACUCCAGAAACUCUUCUCCCCUCUCACACGGUUUGAUGAGAAACCUCUCGAAUCUGCACCUGAACUCAAAAGGCAGCAGCACCUCCAGCACGGCCUCUGACACCCCUUCGGAGAGGGACAGGUCUGCCGGCAAAGGCAGAAAUGCCUCGCACAGUGGUAACUCCUGCAGCUCCUCGGAUGGGCGGCGCAGCGGGACCAGCUCCCCGGUGCCCCCCAGCACUCGGGAAAAGCCUGCAGGACUUCCUCGCCAGUGGCCCCUCUGGCCUCCCAGCACCGCAGGUACCCCCGCAGCCCCCCAGCCCAAGGCCAUCCCGGGCAUGCCCCCGCAGGGUGAGAGUGAGCCCAGGAGGGGUGAAGGGGAGAGCAGAGUCAGCGAGGGGGGGUGGAUAAAGGUGCAGCAUGCGAAGAAGCCCCACAGGCAGACCGCUGGCAAGCCAGGGAAGGAGAGGCCCAGGGGCAGCUGGCGGGGCCGGAGGACGUUCUGAGGGAGGAAUUUCCCCCUUUAUUUAACUGAACAUUCAACCUAGAGAAGAUACGCCCGCUCCUAUUUAAUUCGCCACACCGACGCCGGGAUACCACCUCCUUCGCUGGCCGGCGUGGCCUGGGGCCUGCCACUGGAAGGGGAGAGCUGCCCACCUCUCCUUCUGUCACGGCCAGUGCCAAGGGAUUUCAUUUGAUUUUCUCCCCUCCAUUGGCUGCUCGUGUUCUCAGCUGACUGGAUAUCCACUGAUUUGCUUAAUAUUUCAAUAAUAAAAUCAGUAAGGCACAGCCAGGUGCCAUA